GUCUCCAUUUAUUGCUUUGAACCGCAACACAUUCUCUCUCUCUCUCCCUGUCAGUUUCUCACGCUCAAAGGAGGAACCUUUCAUUUAUGUUUCUCCCAAAAAUCUCAAUUUUAAGCUUAACCCCAUAAAUUUUAGCUGAACCCAGAAAAAUUUAGCUUCAUUUAAGCUGAUCUCAUCCAUUGGUUUUUAGUAUGGGUUUUGUUGGUGGAAUGGAGUUUGUUUCUCUUGUAUCAUUGCCUUUUUUAAGUUGAGCAGUCCUGAAUCCAGUUUUUGUACAAUGGGGGUUGACAAAGAAAGUUCGAGAAAUGGAGGGGGUUAUGUAGGUGGAUUUUUUCAGCUGUUUGACUGGACUGCGAAAUCUCGGAAGAAAUUGUUCUCAAGCAAGUCAGAUUUUCCAGAACAAUCGAAACAGGGAAAAAGAAGUGAUGGGAACUUGCCGAUGACCCGACUCCGUCUGACCGAUGAGGACAAAAUUAGAGCCGGGACAAGCAUCAAAGGAAGUAGUGAUAAUAGUUGCGCUUCCUCAGUCACAGAUGAUGAUAUUUAUGGGACUAGGCCGCCUAAUGUGGUUGCCAGGCUUAUGGGAUUGGAUUCCUUACCCACAUAUACUGAGCCAUACUCCUCCCCUUUGUUUGACGAUGCACAUUUCCGAAACAGAAACCUUAGUUAUCAUCAUGACCAACAGGUAGUUUAUCCCGGAGAUCUGUUCAAUAAGAUUGAGGGCCCUGCAAGGAACUUUGUGGAGUCAAAGCCUCAGAAGACAGUCAGCAAGCCUAUAGAGAAAUUCCAAAUCGAAAGUUUGCCCCCGAAGGCAGCUAAAACAAUUCCCAUCACCCACCACAAACUUUUAUCUCCUAUCAAGAGUCCUGGUUUUAUUCCGACUAAGAAUGCGGCUUACGUAAUGGAAACGGCUGCAAGAAUCAUUCAGCCUAGCCCACAUUCUAUAAGUAAAUCCAAAAUGCCUCUUGUUGGUUCAUCCUCCGUGCCAGUGAAAGUUCGUGAUUUCAAAGAAAGAAUGGAGGCUGUGCAGAAAAUGCCUCCGGUUGGAUCUUCUUCCGUGUCCUUGAAAGCUCGAGAUUUAAAAGAGAAAGCAGAAGCUACUCAUAAAACAUCGAGACUCAGUGAAAGGACUAGAAGUCCAGUUGAAUCAAAUGCAGCCAAGUAUCUUAAAGGACAAUCGAUGAACAAGAGCUGGAAUGGAUCAACAGAGACAUCACCCCGAACUUCUGAUACUGAAGAAAUUUCUUCUGUUUUCAAGAGUAAAGGGAAGCCAAUUUCACUUGCAAUCCAAGCUAAGGUCAAUGUGCAGAAAAGAGAAGGAUUGGCUUCAAGCAGCAACCAAAGUUUGUUAGGGCCGAAAGAACAGAGUGAGGUCAAGUGUAGUCAACCCUUCAAGAGCCAACCGAGUACUCAAAUGAGUUUACAUAAGAAACCUUUAAUGCAUAAUUGUUCUGGUGUACUCAUGCAGAACAACCAGAAGCAAAACUCAAUAGCCAAUAAGGACAAGUUACCUUCAAAGCACGGUGGUUCCAACUCGCAAAGUAGAAAAGUUUUCUCUGGUGGUUCUGCUUUCGAGCAACACAGAAUGUCAGGAAAAACUGUUGGGAACUCCGAAACUGGCUCGAGGAAGUUGGCAUUAGGUACAGUGGAUGGGGGGAAAGGAGGUCCAUCUUCUGAUAUGAAGAAUCCAAGGAAGAAAACAUCAAAAGAUAGGAAUAUCCAUUUUGAGAAAAAUCAGGUUGUUGAUAGUGUGUUGAUUGAAAAAAAACAGAAGGAAGAUCGUCCUGUUACUGAAAGAAACUUCAGCUGGGUUGAAGAUAGCAAGAAGAAAGGCAUGGAUGUUGUCUCAUUCACAUUCACAUCGCCACUUACCUGUUCAAUGGAAACAUCUGCUCAGGUUGCUCAGAAAAAUAGCAGCUUUUGCAUGGAUAAUCAUGGUAAGAGAUUGUUACUCGACACCAACAGUAUGAAGUCAUCUUCAUCAAGAUAUAAUGUAAUAGGGGGAGAUGCUUUAAGUAUGCUUCUGGAACAAAAACUAAGAGAAUUAACUAAUGCAGUCGAAUCAUCCAACCAAAAAUCUCUCAAUUCAGUAUCGGCUUCUAAUUCUAUGUCGUUUUCUCAAGAGUUGGGGAACAGCACUAGUAGCUUGCCCAGGUUACAUGAUAAACUGGGUAGUUGUUACGGUUCCAACCUUUCAUCUGCUGAUCUUCAACUGCUUCGAUUGAAACAAAAGCUUCAGGGAGGAGUUGAUGAAUGCAGUAGCAGCCCUCGUGACGCAUGGCAACCAAGUCCGGUUUCUAUCCUCGAGCCUUUGUUUUCAACUGAAAGCUGCAACUCCUCAGAUAGCACAGAUAGUUUCAGCAUUGAAGGAAGCAAGCAGUGUUCAUCUGUUCAAGCUCAGGAAGUUCUCGGGCUAAGUUCUUUAAAGAAGCAACGCUCACAAGAAGCUGAUACCGAGUUAUCCGAUUCAGCUUCUUCCAUGCGUUCAAGAACAGUUGCUAAAAGUAAUGAAAAUUUUGUUAUGUCAGAAUCGAUGAAGUUAGUCAACUGGGAACUUGAAUAUGUGAAGCAAAUACUGUGUAAUGUGGAGUUGAUGUUCAAGGACUUCUCCUUGGGCCGUGCUUAUGAAACCAUAAAUCCUCAUCUUUUUGAUCAGUUGGAAAGCCGAAGAGGUGGAUUCGGAUGUAACAGUGGGGAGUUGAGGCUGGACAGGAAGGCACUCUUUGAUUCAGUCAGUGAAUGCAUAGACUCGAGAUGCAGACAGUCUGUGAGCGGGGGAUACAAAAUGUGGACGACAGGGAUGAUGAUCCUGAGAAGAAACGAGAGGCUAGCCGAGGAGGUGUACAAGGAGAUAUGCGGGUGGAGAGGCAUGGGAGAUUGCAUGGUGGAUGAGCUUGUGGACAAAGACAUGAGCAGCCAGCAUGGAAAAUGGCUGGACUUUGAAGUGGAUGCAUUCGUAGUCGUCGGAGCCGACAUCGAGGGUCAAAUACUGAGUGCUUUGAUUGAUGAGGUGAUUACUGAAUUAUUGACGUUUUAAAAGCUUUUGCCAGUGAUGUCCGGUGGAUGAGCUUGUGGACAUGCAUGCAUAUAGAAAACGGGUUGGCUUCUUUAAUGUUGAUGAUG